AUGGAGCUGACAGGAGAAUCAAUACCAAAACAACAACAGAAACUGACACGGAAAGAUCAUGAAAAACAAGAGCGGGAACAACAAAAACAUGAACGACUAGCAAAGGAGCAAAGGGAAUAUCGUUUACAACAACAAAGACUACAACAUGAGAAAGAACAGACACAACGCGAUCAACGUCUAAAAGAACAGCGUCAAAGAGAACAACAAGAACGUGAAAAACGUCAAAGAGAACAGGUCCAACGCGAACAACGUCUACGGGAACAGGAAGAACUCGAAAAACGUCAAAGAGAACAGGUACAACGCGAACAACGUCUAAAGGAACAGCGUCAAAGAGAACAACAGGAACGCGAAAAACGUCAAAGAGAACAGGUCCAACGCGAACAACGUCUGAGGGAACAGGAAGAACGCGAAAAACGUCAAAGAGAACAGGUCCAACGCGAACAACGUCUGAGGGAAGAGGAAGAACGCGAACAGCGUCAAAGGGAACAACGGCAACGUGAGCAACGCGAGCAACAACUACGGGCGCAACGCCAACGGGAGCAACAACUACGGGCGCAACGCCAACGGGAGCAACAACUACGGGCGCAGCGCCAACGGGAACUUCAACAACGCGAACGAAGGAAGCACCAGCAGCAACAGCAAAGACAACGAAAUCGUCAUGAACAAAACCCAAACCGAAAUCUUGGUUCUACAGAGCUUAUAGUGCGGCCACAACAUCAAUCAAAGCCACCGAGAAUUUUCCACGUUAAUCGAUUUCCUGCAAAGUCUCGAUCAACCAGCGUCCUUAAUAGGUUACGUCUAAAUUCUAUACGGCCAAAGAUAACUACAACAACGACGACGACGACGACAACAACAACAACAACAGCACCCCCGGUUGUGCGGAUGGCGUCAAUACUUAAUUAUCCCGAAAAAGAACAGUGUGUGAAACCUGGGGCUUCAUUUAUGACCUUAAAAUGUGAUUGGCUAGUUAGAUUGAUGAGGGGACUUUGUAAAAAUUCAAUUCUCGGAAGAGUUUGUUGUGGGGAUUGUGAACCUGUACAGCAACGUAAACCAGGUGAGGUAUGUGUAGAUGGAGUAGGCUGUUCCAUUAAACGCGCGGCCCAAUGUUACAAUGACCUCCACAGAUCGAAGUGUUGCGCCACGUGUCAGGCGUUUAAAACAGAAUAUCCAGGUUAG